CACCAAUGGGGGACCUUUCUGUGUGGAGUUUGUGGAGUUUUCCCCAAAAACAUGCUUAAUAGGUUAAUUGGUCACUGUAAAUUGUCCAUAUGUGUGAAUUUGAGAGUGAAUGGGUGUGUGAUAUGCGACAGACUGGUGACCUGCCCAGGGUAUCCCCUGCCUUCUCCCACAAGUGGCCAGGAUAGGCUUUGGCAGCCCCAUGACCCCCAAAAGGGAAAAAACAGAUUAGAAAAUGAAUGAAAAAAGUGAUAUAAACUAGUGAAAAAUAUUUGCACAUGAUUAUGUUCUGAAUGGUUGUGUAUUAAAUGUUACUUCUCAGAGAUGAGGGACAUGCACAUUGUGUUGCAAGUAUACGGUAAAAUCUGAGACUAAGAAAGACUCUAUAUAUGUCUGUGGCUUUACUGGAAAGUUCUAAAAACAAAACAAACAAAAAAACAGAAACAUGUUUUUAACCCUUGUGCUAUCUUAGAUGACCCCACCCUUACUUUGACGUGUUCUCCCUACCAUGACAAAGGUGGAUAAAGGUGGAAAGAUUUCAUGCAAUCCAUGGACACCAGUGAAGAUCACAAAUCAUUGAAGAAAAAAGGUUCAGCGCACUGUUUAGUCGGUCUAGAUGACCCAGCUCCCAAUGUUAAAAUGCCUAGGAUAGCACAAGGGUUAAUCAUCUACUAAAAAACAGUCCAUUUACAAUAUUCUUUGAGGAAAGUGGUUCGAUUUUGAAAAACACUGUGAAUCCCCUCAAGUACCAUGCUUUCUUUAAAAAUACAGUUACUAAAACUCAACUUUUCACUUUUGCAAUUAAUCAGCCACAUUUACAGUAGAAUUUCAAUGUCCUGGCACAUCUCAGUUCCACCUUGCUUUGUAAAUGUCAUAUGCAACUUGUCAAUAGAUGGCAGCAAACAGCUGAAGUCCAAAAAUAAAGUUGAAGAGAAAUAAUAAUAAUUAUUAUUUGUAUUAAUGUUUUUGUUGUUGUUGGGAUGAUUUCAAUAAUUUUUCACUCUGGAAGGGGUUCAAAUAAUUUCAUAGACCUAUAGUUUAUUUGCAUUUUUUGCACAAAAGUAAGCAAAUCCUACAUUCAUAUCUUAAGAGAACAAUUGUCACAGAAACAUUUUAACUGCAUUUAUUUUGUAGGUAAGACAAAAAGUGGAAAGUGUUUUCUAUUUUUUCCUGAUUAUCUGUAGGUUGUUUGAUUUUUUUUAUGUCACAUAAAAUAUAAUAAACAGUGAAAAAAAUAAUGAGAAUAGGUUAAACCGUUAUCCGAAGAUGCAUUGAAAGGUGGAACCUGUUAUUGAGGGAACACUUGGGAUCUGUGGCUUGAAUCCAGACCAGGCUUAAAGUCAGUCUCACAUUUUGGGCCCCGAGAUUCAUAUAAGUCCUUCCAAAUUCCACUGCGCCAUACAGACCCGUCCCCGAUGGGCGUGCGUAAUGGUCACAGCCCUCUCCAAAUAUAACUCCUCUUUCAAAACAGAGGGAGAGAAAAGGGAGUACGGAAUUCUAGCCCAAUCAAAAGCGGUUUGAACUCUUGCCAGGCCAGACUUUUGUUUCCUGGCAAUAGAGUUCAUCUUUUAGCUUUUUGAUUCAUUUUGUGGCCCCGGAUGGUCCUGGUGCACUGCACAGCGGGAGGCGCAUUGUUUUCAUGCAAACUGCUCGACAUGGUCAUUGUAUACGUUUGGGCAUAUAUGGAGGCGCUCUUGGCUUGGAGGACACUGCCCGUCUAAAGUCUCAAUGAGAGUUGCCCACAGUUGUUCCUCUCCUCUGACUCCCUCUCUUUUUUGAUUAAUUUGCUCCCUCGCUAUGAGUUGCCUGGAUGUGAUGUUCCACCAGAACUAUGGCGCGCACUAUCUCCCUGCGGCGGCGUACAAGACGACGUACCACAACCACCAUCCGCAGCAACAACAGAGGAAGCUAAAUGUUUACAGUAAGAUGCAAGAGUGCAUGGAGCAACAGCAGCAAGGAGGAGGAAGAGGGAUGCUGCCCAGGGAUCAGGGCCUCCUGGAAGGUUCUGGAGUUGCUGAUUUAGGAAACAUAUCACCAACCACUUUGGAGCUCAAAGACAGUUGUCAGCCUGCAGAAGCAGAGUACCUAAGCUCUAGGUGUGUGCUAUUUACCUACUUUCAAGGCGACAUUGGGGAUGUGGUGGAUGAACACUUUUCCCGCGCUCUAAGUCAAUCCAGCACAUUCAGCGGUGAGACUAAACCUAUCAGAACUACUCAACCCUCUGCAGCUGCAAAUUUAUGGAAAGACGGCGAUUCCCGAUCAGAUGGUCAAGGCAGCUCGGCUUGGAACAACACUUUUACAUCCCAAAGCAGUUCUUGCCUCCCUACUGUCUCUAUCUCACUCCACCCAGAAGUCUCCUCCAGCCCUGUGCCUUUCAGUCCUCCGGAUGGAGCCUUGUGGGCUGGCCAUGUGCUUUCCCAGGCCAGCCUUCCUUCUGCAGCUCCAUUCUCCGAGAGCUGGACCUACAGUCUGAGCCCCCAGAACACGAGCGCCUACUCCAAUGUCCACGACGUCUAUCAUCCUCACGUUCGUUCCCACAUCCACACCAGACACCAUCACUCCAUGCUUCACACUUACUCACCCCACAGCCCAACACUGGAUCCCAGAUUCAAUGCAUUGUUGCUGCCUGGUGUAAGGAGCCAAAGUCAGUCCACCUCCAGCACCAGCAGCUCCCCACACAGCGAGGUGGUGAAAACAGAGAUGGAUCCCAGCAGUCCCAGUCCCAUUCCUGCAACCUCUGUCACCUGGACCCCUUCUUCUCUCCAUGGUUCUCUGUAUGACUCAGCUCUUGAUCAGACCAAAGUAAAGACGUCAGUUUGGUUCUAACUGAUGUGAUUCAGAUGGAAAAGCAACUUGAACCAAAAAUGAUUGAAAUGUCUGUUUGGCUGCCACACCAGCUCAGUAAUGUCAACUUUACAUGCAAAUUAGCCAACUGUAGCUUUACCCGUGCAUCACAGAAUGUCCUCAGAAAUAUUUUCAGGAUGAACUCAGGCUUGGACUCAGACAUUGAUGCUUUUGAGGGCAUGUAACAACCCAGUCUCAUCCAAAAAUGUGUAGUACCAUGUAAAGACGCAAAGAAUGAUUUUACAAAAGACUACUAGCUUUAAAUACAGUAAAGCCUUCGUGCUGUUGAUACACCAAUGUGAGAAUAAAUGUGAGAUUGAGUAGUUCUGUUUCAAGAGCUGGAUGUCUGAUCCACAUUGUGUUUUUUUUUUUUUGUUUUGUUUUUUUAAUUGCUGUAAAUUGCUCAGUGUGCAUGCACUCUUUCAUGCCAAACUGUUGUGUGCCAGAUAAAUUCUGCUAUUCUUGCUGCUUGGUUGCCACUAUUUGUUGUUGUGUGUGUAUAUACUGGUUCAAUGUGACAAAUUAAUACAUUUAUUAAACUGUUUAUGAAAAUCAA